AUGGCGGGGCUUCAGUUUCGCUACCAUCCCUCCGUCGCAGACUUUGCCGUUCCCAAAAGGGACUAUCUAGCAGCUCACGCAGACGGCGCCUAUGGCUACAUUGCGACCAGCGCCAUCGUCGUGGACAACUUUGCCAGCCCCGACCCGCGCGUUCUUCUUCUUCAGCGCGCAGCCGGGGACAGCGACCCAAACCUGUGGGAGCCUGCCGGCGGCGCGUGUGAAGACGACGAUGCAAGCAUCCUGUGGGCUGUCGCUCGAGAAUUGAGCGAGGAGGCUGGGCUGGAGGCGGCGUUUAUUGUUGGUCAGGUGGGAAAGCCACAUUUCUACCUCGUUGAUAACGACACGAAAAAGGUCUGCCAGUUUAAUUUUGUUGUACUGCUGAGAACAGAUGAUGAAGCGGCGGUCAAGUUGGACCCGAAUGAGCAUCAACGCUUUGUGUGGGCUACGAAAGCUGAAGUCGAAGCAAGAAGAGUCGAGUCGGAUGGUAUAGACUUGGUUUUCACGCGUGAGGAAGUUUGCCUUUCUGUCCUGCAAGCGUUCGAUUACUGUCCGCUUCAGUCCGACACACACUAG